CCAACGCAAGCUAAACUUCCACCAGCAUCCAUUGUCUACCAUUACCUUCAGUGCUUUGAUAUCACAGGCAAAGAAGUUCUUCACAAGCUUCAUAGUGCUUUGCCAUGGCUGACAAGGAUCCAUCCCCCGCUGAAGACGCCGCCGCGCGCAAGAAGGAGGCCGAGGAACAGGCUGCGCUGCCUUACAAAUGGACCCAGACCAUCGGCGAGCUGGAUCUCUCCUUCAACGUCCCCGGAAACUACAAGUCGAGAGACCUGGUGGUUGAUAUAAAAAAGACGACGUUGACUGCCGGCGUCAAGGGACAGGAACCCAUCAUCAGUGGCGAUCUCCCCCAUGCGAUCCGUGUCGACGACUCUACUUGGACCCUGUCCACCAACUCCGACGGCACCAAGAGCGUAGAAAUCCACCUCGACAAGGUCAACAAGAUGGAGUGGUGGGCACACGUCGUUACCAGCGCACCCACCAUCGACGUCACCAAGAUCCAGCCCGAAAACUCCAAGCUCUCCGAUCUCGACGGCGAGACCAGGGGCAUGGUUGAGAAGAUGAUGUUUGACCAGCGACAGAAGGAGGCUGGCCUGCCGACCUCGGACGAGCAGAAGAAGAUGGAUAUCCUCAAGAAAUUCCAGGAGCAACACCCAGAGAUGGAUUUCAGCAAGGCCAAGAUCCAGUAAGGCAAGGGGGGUAUUGUACAAAAAUAAUGAAUAAACAAUUGCUUUAACAACGAGGGGGUAUCAUCGUGAUUCAAGUGCCAUAGCAGCCCGCUCUAAGAAUGAAUUGAACUCCUUGACCUGUUUGAGCAUCCCGCCUGUGAAGCUCGACGAGCUGGCUUGCUCCGAUACGCGGGAUACAAGCAGCUCGAGAUUAGCCAGCUCGGCUUCCCUUUGUGCGGCUUGCGAAAGCUCGGGCGCC